AUGAGGCACUGUAUGUAUCGGGCGGAAGAGGCGGGCAAUCUCCCAGUCCAACGCUGCAUAGCGAUGAUUCACAACGAGCAAGAGCGCUGUUACUCCCCCCCCCCCUGGACUGUCGCAGGUGAUCACGGUCCAUCCCUGGGAGGCAAACCUUACUUAGAAGGAGCGCAGGUCAAAGCCACACAAAUAAGCCUACAACUCAGUGUGACACCUAUCAUGGUGGAUGCCAUGUGUCUCCCCAGUCCUACUGACUCACACCAUAGAGUCUUGAACAAGCUGGACGCGCUAUUUGACAAUUUCUGGUGCAAGCUGGAAAGCAGAACACAGCCACUUGCCUCACAUCAACUAAGCAGCCACCUACUCAAGAUGCUGCCUUCAAAUCAGAGGAAGGCUCCGAAAGUCUUACUGGCAAAACGGGCCUCAUCAUGGUGGCGCACCAAGCUGCGCACUCUACCCCUGCACAAGAAGCUAAAACUUCAUAUGAGACACCACCAGGGACAUAAAGCACUACGGAGAAAUCUGACCCAACAAGCUCAAAUGCCCCACCUGACAGUUCCUGGGUCCAGAGGACUGCAACACCUCGCUCCACUCCAGAUCAAGACUCUGCAUGAAGACCAGCCCCUUCUAUCAACACUUGGGCACAGAGACUCGCAGUGUCUGGCUAUGUUGCAGGAAUGCAAGGUAACCCGUGGUAGUCAUAUGCUGAAUGAGAUCCCAGCCUAA